AUGUCCAACGAUGCGCUCAGGGAUGCUGACCUCCGCAGUGGCGGACGCGGCCAUACUUCGGUGAACAGCACGGCGCUGGAACUCGCCAAGUAUAACAUCACCGUCAACGCAUAUGCUCCUGGACUGAUCUACACCAACAUGAUCGGUCAUGACGAAGAAGUACGGCUCGGUCUCAAGCCUGGCGCACUAAUGAAACAAACGCUUGGAUUGCCAGAAGAUACGCCCUUGCCCAUGGCUGAACCAGAUGUAAUAGCGAGUUUUGUCUCUUAUCUGGUGAAACCCGAGUCGCAUUUCAUCACAGGUCAGACUAUCAACGUCAAUGGCGGUGGGUACCGCGAGUGA